UGUUUGCGGCCGGCGGCGUCAGUAGCUACUGCGGUCCCUUCGCCGUCUCCUCAGCGGCUCCAGCCCCAGCUGCCCUUCCAGCCCUUCGCGUCGCCGCUGGCGCCGCCGCCCGACGCGCAGGCCGCUGCGGGCCGCGGAGCCCAUGAGGGCGCGGGCCCUGCCGCCGCGUUCGCGGCGUCGCCGUCGUCCGAGAGCGUCCCGAGCCGGCGCGGGCAUGGCCGCGGCAUGAGUGCCGAGCCGCCGCCGGAGCCGGAGGACCAGGCGGCGUCGGAGCCCGCGGCGGGAGCCAUGCCGGAGAAGCGCCCGGGCGCGCAGACCGCUGGCGGCAUUUCGCUACAAGGCUUUGGCAGACCAAGUGUAUACCAUGCUGCUAUUGUCAUCUUCCUAGAAUUCUUUGCGUGGGGCUUGUUGACAACUCCAAUGUUAACUGUUCUACAUGAAACAUUUCCUCAACAUACAUUCCUCAUGAAUGGUCUCAUUCAAGGUGUAAAGGGCCUGCUGUCUUUUCUGAGUGCCCCCCUCAUAGGCGCUCUGUCUGAUGUGUGGGGGAGGAAACCCUUUCUCCUCGGCACCGUGUUCUUCACCUGCUUCCCAAUUCCACUGAUGAGGAUCAGCCCUUGGUGGUACUUUGCGAUGAUUUCUGUGUCUGGAGUCUUCUCGGUCACAUUCUCUGUGAUAUUUGCCUAUGUAGCUGAUGUCACUCAAGAACAUGAGCGAAGUACUGCUUAUGGAUGGGUCUCGGCCACCUUUGCAGCCAGUCUGGUCAGCAGCCCGGCCAUUGGAGCCUACCUUUCAGCCAGUUACGGAGACAGCCUUGUUGUGCUGGUGGCCACAGUGGUGGCUCUUCUGGACAUCUGUUUCAUCUUACUGGCUGUUCCAGAAUCUCUGCCGGAGAAAAUGAGACCGCUUUCCUGGGGAGCUAAGAUUUCUUGGAAACAAGCCGACCCGUUUGCGUCACUGAAGAAGGUUGGAAAAGAUUCUACUGUCUUAUUAAUUUGCAUCACCGUAUUUCUUUCAUACCUUCCUGAGGCUGGACAGUAUUCAAGUUUUUUUCUCUAUCUCAGACAGGUCAUAGGUUUUGGAUCUGUUAAGAUUGCAGCAUUCAUAGCUAUGGUAGGCAUUCUGUCUAUUGUGGCUCAGACCGUCUUUCUUACCAUCUUGAUGAGAUCAUUAGGGAAUAAGAAUACUGUCCUCCUGGGCUUGGGCUUCCAGAUGUUCCAGUUAGCCUGGUAUGGUUUUGGAUCUCAGGCCUGGAUGAUGUGGGCAGCAGGGACGGUAGCCGCCAUGUCCAGCAUCACAUUUCCAGCAGUCAGCGCCCUUGUCUCUCGGAAUGCAGAGUCCGAUCAGCAAGGCGUUGCCCAGGGGAUCAUAACUGGAAUAAGAGGGCUGUGUAACGGCCUGGGCCCGGCGCUGUACGGCUUCAUAUUCUACAUGUUCCACGUGGAACUGACGGAGUUGGAACCGGAACUGAGUUCUGACAACGCUGCCCUGCAGGGAGCUGUCAUCCCAGGCCCACCGUUUUUGUUUGGGGCGUGUAUAGUUCUUAUGUCCUUCCUGGUUGCCUUAUUCAUCCCUGAAUACCGCAAAGGCAGUGGAACCCAAAAACACAGCAACAGCAUCAGCGGCAGCCUGACGAACCCCCCCGGGCGGGGCAGUGACGAGGACAUCGAGCCACUGCUGCAAGACAGCAGCAUCUGGGAGCUCUCUUCCUUCGAGGAGGCUGGGAAUCAGUGCACUGAGCUGUGAACUUGCCAGAAAGGGGGAUUCUGUGGACGCCUUCUCUGAGAGCCGCGGGAGCCACACCACACGGAGACUUCAUGGUGCUGGAGGGGAGAUGCUAGUGGCGUCCUUCAGGGACAGGUUUGAGAAGUGACCCUCUCCAUCCCUUUGCCCCCCCCCGCCCCCACUUCUUUUCCUUUUCUUCUUUUUGUGGUAUAUUAGAACAAGAUCUAAAGUACUUUCCUGCAAAUUUUGCGAUCUUCAAAGUCAUCUGGAAUCCACACUUUGA